UGUCAUGUUCACGUAGUCAACAACUACUGAAUCAAGAGCACUUGUAGAUAAAUCAAGUUUUCCUAGGCUAAGCAUCGUAGUCAACAAGCUAGAUCCUAAUCAUGACACGCCUUCAGACUUUCCAGAAUCGACAUCAAAAUAAACCACAUAUUAAUGCUCGGAUUUGCGCAUGUUGACGGAUAGUCGACGCACGUGCUCGACAGCAGUUGAUAUAACAGCUUCUUUGUUAUAAAUCGAACACAAUUUGUUGUACUGUUUUUUUCUAGACAGGUAACUGUGAGUGCUUGAUGGCAGGUAUUGUGUAUUUGAUGAGUGAUCGAUGUUGUAUUCGUGAUGGAUAUGUGAUGUUGUAUAGCGGCAAUAAGUAGAAAAAUGGCAGAUUUGCAAUCUUGGGAUAAGCUGGGACUAUCGGAAGCGACCACGGAGCGGGUUCGUUCGCUGGGUUUUACUGCUCCUACCCCCGUUCAGGCAGUUUGUAUUCCUUUGCUUCUGCGUAAUAAAGACGUAUCGGCAGAGGCGGCUACAGGCUCUGGGAAAACCCUUGCUUUUGUACUUCCUAUUUGCGAGAUCCUUAUGGGAAACUCAGAGAAACUUAAGCCUUUAGCUGCAUUAAUCGUGUCCCCUACCAGAGAACUUGCGCAACAAACGCAUCAGCUGUUCAAAUCCCUUAAGUUCCCAAAUCUGCGUGUUCAGUUAAUCACCGGCGGCCACAGUAUCCAGAAGGAUGUUGAAAAGUUUGAAAAAAUGAAAGGAGCGCACGUCGUAGUAGGGACGCCUGGAAGGCUGGCCGAUGUCCUUAGCGCUCGCAAUGCUAAUAAUAAUUUGUGCAGAUAUUCACGAAAUCUUGAGAUCCUCAUUCUAGACGAGGCUGACCGACUUUUAGAGCUUCACUUUGAGAUUUUACUCGGAAAUAUAUUAGCUGUACUACCAAAACAACGUCGAACUGGACUAUUCUCGGCUACGCAAACAAAGCAGUUGGAUGACCUGAAGCGUGCAGGACUUCGUAAUCCAGUAACUGUUUCGGUAAAAGAAAAGCAUAAUUUGAAGACGCCUGUCCAGUUGCAGAACUUCGUUACCCAGGUAGAGCCUGAAGCCAAGUUAAGCGUUCUUGUGGCAUUUCUUAAGCAACAUCGGACUGAAAAGAUCAUGGUAUUUUUAAGCACAUGCGCAACGGUCCAGUACUUUCAUACCAUAAUUAAGCAUUUGUUUCCAGACUUGUCAAUGCUCUUAGCACUACAUGGAAAACUCCGAAGCAAUCGCUCAAAAGUGUUCGCUAAAUUUUCGGGCACAAAAAGCGGAGUUCUUCUAUGCACAGACGUUAUGGCCCGGGGAGUAGACAUCCCCAAAGUUGAUUGGGUCGUGCAAUACGACCCUCCACUUAGUGGGUCUGUCUUCGUGCACCGCUGUGGACGAACUGCUCGAAUGGGCAAUGAGGGUUCAGCAGUCGUAUUUCUGAUGCCAAACGAAAUGAGCUAUACUAAGUUCCUGACUUUGAAUCAGACAAUCAAACUUGACCCGAUGCAAGCACCAGAGAACGUCGAAGAUGUAACUGACGUCAUUCGUCAUUUGGAAGCCGACAAUGAAUCUAUUUAUAUCGAGGCUAUGAGAGCGUUCGUUUCCUACAUACAAUCGUAUCGGAAGCAUGAAUGUAAUCUUUUAUUUCGAGUUGAGGAACUCGAGUUUGGAAGAUUGGCUAUGGGGUACGCUUUGCUUAAAAUUCCAUAUAUGCCCGAAUUAAAGGGAAAAAAACUUAGUGGUUUUAAGCCUCCAAUAGGCAUAAUUAGUCAUCACCUGGAAGCCAAGAGAGCAGCUAAAAAUGCCAGGGGCGGAAGCAAAAGGCGGUAUAAAAAAAAGCGGAAAAACUCCGAUAUAAUUUCAACGGACAUGAAUCCUUCAGCCAAGCGGAGAUUGAAAGCUCAACUGAAGGAAGAGCGUGAACUGGAUGAACUCAUAAUGGACGAGAAGCUUAUAAAAAAAGAGAAGCUGCAUAAAAUCACAAAGGAACAGUUUGAAGAACGCUUUCUUUCAAUGGAUAAAUAAAGGCAAAAAUUGGCCUAAAUUUGGAUGAACUCAUAAUGGACGAGAAGCUUAUAAAAAAGAGAAGCUGCAUAAAAUCACAAAGGAACAGUUUGAAGAACGCUUUCUUCCAAUGGAUAAAUAAAGGCAAAAAUUGGCCUAAAUUUGAUACUACUAGGACGGACGUACUAGG